AUGGUGCAGCUUGCACGGUCGAAGCGACAGAGGAACCGCGCGUCGAGCUUGGCAGCCAGCGACGAAGCGCCAGAGGCAGCGGAGAUAAACAGCGAGAUCUGCGUGUUAGACGAUAGCUUUGCAGAGCGACAGCAAGAGGAAGGUAGCGCUGAUCGGCCAACAGCGCUGGGCAGGAAACGCGUUAGGCUACGCUUUGACGGACGAGUGCUUGCUGCCCGUCGUCACCAGUUCAUGCAGUUGAGAGGCCAAGCCGCGAACAGCGCAGCGACAACGGUUCGAGGCUGCUACACGCUUGCCCUGCAAGAGCUGACGGCCUGGAGGAACCGCUCCAAGGUGGCGUCUACCGCGACCGAAGACACACCGUCUAGCAUCGCAAGCUCGCUGUCCUCCGUCACCGACUUGGAGGACGAUCGACGCAAGGAGUUCCAGCGCUCGGAGUUUUCUCUCGAUGAACGUCGAGUCAAGAACAAGUCAAGCCAGUGUGGAUUCGCCGAGACGAACUGCGGCAGCCACGAGCAACUGCUGCUUGUCAAUGCGCUGCCGCUCAACGACAGCGACGACGAAGACACUGCUUCGACAACUCGCCAUCUCCCUUACCGAAGUACCAAGAUCGACGGCCGCGAGUACAUCCUCAAGAACCAGUGGGUCUGA